UAGCUACAGCGUUCUUCUUCGAUCUCUGACUCCACUUCCCAGCCCUCUUCAGUCUUCUUCGAUUCUAACUCCUUUGCCAUUGAUUGUCAAACUCCGUCCCUAGCGUUUCUCUUUGUCGGGCUUCUUCUUCCCUUCCGACCUCUGAACUCCAUUUUUAAGCAUUGAAUUUGUUUGUGUCCAGCGAAACCCAAUUUUGAUGAUGAAUAGCUCAGUUUUCUGUGGCGCCCCGCCGCCGAAGCAGAGCGACGAGAUCGAGUGGGAGAUGAGGCCUGGUGGAAUGUUCGUUCAGAGACGUGAUGUUGGUGUUGACGAUGACCACUUUGGAGCUGCUUCUUCCUCUCGUGCUGGUCCCGUGAUCAAGGUCAAUGUCUGCUAUGGUUCCUCUCAGCACGAGGUUUAUCUCCCAGCUGAAUCUACCUUCCUGGAUGUCAAGAAACUACUAGCACGCAAAACAGGUUUAGAGCCUACGGAGCAACGACUGUUCUUCAGAGGAAAAGAAAAACAAAAUGAAGAGCACUUACACUUGGGAGGUGUAAAGGACAAGUCUAAAAUGUUGCUUUUGGAGGAUGCUGCUAGCAAAGAGAGGAAACUUGAGGAAAUGAGAAAACAAAGUGAGAUGUUAAAAGCUUCUCAAGCAGUUGCUGGAGUCAGGGUAGAGGUGGACAAGCUUUCUGAGAGGGUGGCUGCCUUGGAAGUGGCUGUGAAUGGGGGAACCAAGGUCUCAGAGAAAGAGUUUCUUAUAUCAACUGAAUUGCUUAUGAGGCAGUUGCUGAAACUGGAUUCUAUUGAAGCUGAAGGUGAAGCAAAGGUGCAGAGGAAAGCUGAGGUACGUAGGGUGCAGAACUUCGUUGAUGCACUAGAUUCUCUAAAGGAGAGAAACUCCAAGCCUUUUAGCAAGAAUGGCAAUGCAGUCUCAGUAACAACCAAAUGGGAGAACUUUGGUUCUGGAAUGGGAAGCUUGAAAGCCCCACCUCCAAUGUCAUCAUCCUCAGGGCAAGGAUCUCAAGAUUUUGAGCAGUUUCAUUAGUUCAGAAAUUGCUCUCUCUGUUUCUUGAAAACUUUUGUGGAGAAUUGAAUUUUUGAGCAUGUACAAAACCCUUUGAUUCUUUAUUCAGCUUUCAAAUAUUUUCUUUGAAGUUACACCUAUUU